AUGGCGAAGAAGGGCGGUGCGGGUGCGGCCGUCGUCGUGACGGCGACGGCGCUCUUCCUCCUGCAGCUGGUGGCCGUCGCCGUGGCCGCCGCCGCCAGCGUCCCACCUUUUCCCUCCGACCAAGCACCCCCGGCCGCACUCAACCUCAACUGCCCGCCAUCUCCCUGCGCCUCCUGCCCCGCGUGCCCGGCGGAGACGCCCUGUGUCAACGGCCAGCGCCAGCAGCCGCCUCCGUUCCCGGCGGUCUCCGUGCCCGGCUUGCCAGCGUCAGGAACGUCGACAGCUGGCUGCCCGGCGUGCCCGGCUUGCCAGCCGCCGCCCCCGUGCCCCCGGGCGACAGAUGACAGCAGCAGCAGCGGCGGCGGCAACAGCAUCGUCAUCAUCGCCACCGUCGUAUCCGCCGUCGCCGCCCUCCUGAGCGCCAUCGCGGCGCUCAUCACGGCCUUCCGGUGCCGUCGUCGCCACGACGACGACUCCACCGACGUCGAGUCAUCGUCCCCGGCAACGGUGUCCCGCUCCUGCUCCUCGUCGUCGUCGUCGGCGUCGGCCUCAUCGUCGGCCGCGUAG